AUAUUAGUGUGGCCGGGACGCGUCGGCUGCUGUAGUGUUGGUGGGGCUGACGGCGUCGCUGGACAUGUUCUCUCUCACCCCUAGGGCCUCUGGCCUCGCCAGGAAAUGUGCAACUGGAAUAGUACGAUUUUUUUCUGGGGGAGACGUGGGGUCGAGCAGUAUUCCACCUAUCACCAAAGUAUCCUUGAGCAAACCUGUCCCUUGGCUUCCUCAGCCAGUGUACGCAACAGUAUCAAGCACUCCCUCAGAGACCAAGGUUACAACUUUAGAAAAUGGACUUCGUGUGGCUUCUGAACCAAAAUUUGGGAAUUUUUGCACUGUUGGAGUUGUUAUUGACAGUGGAAGCAGGUAUGAAGUUGCAUAUCCAAGUGGGAUCUCUCAUUUUCUUGAAAAGUUGUCAUUUGGGAAAACCCUGAACAUGAGUCGAGAGCAAAUAAUGGGUACUUUCGAAAAACUCGGAGGCAUUUGCGACUGCCAAUCAUCAAGGGAUACCUUCAUAUAUGCAGCAUCUGUAGAGUCGAAAGGCAUGUCUGAUGCAGUUGAAAUUUUGUCUGAGGUCAUCCUGAGACCCCAGCUGCUGCCAGAAGAGGUUACAGAUGCAAGAAUGUCUGUGAGCUUUGACCUUGAAGAUUUGCAGCUACGACCAGAGAAGGACACAUUGCUAAUGGAGAUGAUACAUGCAGCUUCCUUCAGAGACAACACGUUGGGUCUACCCAAGAUCUGCCCGCCAGAGAAUGUCAUGAAGAUUGACCGGUCAACUCUCUUCACUUACCUCAAGCAUCACCACACUCCCUCAAGAAUGGUCUUAGCUGGUGUGGGUGUUGAUCAUGAUGCUUUAGUGGAGAGUGCUCAGAAGUUCUUUGUGGAAAGUCCAGCUAUAUGGGAAGAUGAUCCUAGCUUGUAUAGCAGUCGCUCUAUUGAUGUUGAUCAUUCCGUAUCACAGUAUACAGGAGGGCUCAUUAAGGAAGAAGCAGAUCUUUCAGAUGUAUCAUUAGGCCCCAACCCUUUACCAGAAUUAGCUCAUCUGGUGAUUGGCCUUGAAUCUGUGUGUCAUCAGCACGAUGACUUCGUUACUUCAUGUGUACUGAACAUGAUGAUGGGUGGCGGUGGCAGCUUCAGUGCUGGUGGCCCUGGCAAGGGCAUGUACACCCGUUUGUACACCAAUGUUCUUAACAGAUAUCACUGGAUGCACAAUGCAACGGCUUACAAUCAUGCAUAUUGUGAUAGUGGAGUCUUCUGCAUCCAUGCCUCUGCUCACCCCUCCCAUCUUGGAGAGCUUACACAAGUCCUCACUAGAGAGUUUGCUGCUAUGGCUGGGUAUAUGAGCAAGGAAGAGCUCGAGAGGGCAAAAAUACAGCUGCAGUCAAUGUUGCUAAUGAAUCUUGAAAGCCGCCCAGUAAUAUUUGAGGACAUUGGGCGACAGGUGCUAGCUACUGGCAAGAGACUUCAACCUCAGCAUUUCAUGGACCUUAUUAGAAAAGUGAAUGCAGAUGACAUCGUGCGAGUAGCAGGACAGAUGCUACGCAGUAAGCCUGCUGUAGCAGCCCUUGGAACCCUUAGUCGACUACCUAACUUAACAGAUAUUGAGGGUGCUUUACUGCACCAGAAUGGCCAGCUGCCUUCUAAGAGAAAGUUUACUCUCUUCCGAUAAUAAUUUAGUAACUAUUUAUUAUGUAUGUGAUCAAAAUACUUUUUAUAUAAAAUAUUUUGCAAUUAUGUUUGGCUCUUGUGAUGUAGGGAAUUCAUGAUUAAUGACUCAACCUUAACAGUCUCGUAGUUAGUAGGGACGGUUCUCUUCUUUACUUGGCAAUCUAUUUUUAAAGCAACUUGAACAAUAAAAUACUCGUUUCCACAUUCGUGAUCAUUGUUAUGACUGGGGGCUUAUGAAUUCAAUGUCAUGAGUGCUGCCUGAGAAUUCCUGUAGUGAAAGGUUAGGCAAGACAAGGCCCAGCCCCCGUGAUCUUUGCUCCCACAUUACCACAGUGAUUUGUUACUAGGAAAUGACAGCCUAACUCAAGACAAGGGAGGAAAUAAACUUCAGUUAAAGCUUACACUGUUUAUCAAUUAAUCUCCCAAGUAACAUCAAAGUGCUCUACCACAUCCUACUUUAUGUUAGGUGCCUGACUCCACAUAGGGCAGGAGACGACAUGUGCAUAGCAAGCUAGUGGGAGGCCUACAUUCCCUGAAGGAGGCAGCAUGAACUUAACCCAAGACAUUAACAUAAAUGCUUCACUUGAAGUGCCUGGAUUUCAGAUUACAGGAUCCAUAUGGUCCAGUAUAUAUAUGUAGCACACAUAUUAUAACCAGAAUAGAAUGGUGGCUCAAGUAUUUAACAUUAGGUAUACAUUAUUACAGAAAUAGGACCACACCAGCCAUGUCUGGUCAACACCAUGUAGCAGAGAACCCGCCAAAAACAGUGUGUGCCUCGGUGCUAGCUUCGUAAACCGAUUGUACUGUAAACCCUCUUACCCAAAACCACCUAUACAAUCCUUAAUGGCCACGAUUCAUUUCUCAGUAUAAAUAACAUCCUAGCUUUAUAAUUAGCUAGGAGUGCCAAAUACUCUUACAUCUGGCUGAGAUUAAUAUGCCUGGCAUUUCUGGCUCAAGUUGGUAAACUGUGCAUUUAAAUAAAAGAUGCAUAAUACUUCUUCCUCAUCAAAACACACACACACACACAUUAUAUAAAAUAUAAAUAUGAACCCUGUUGUAAUUGUUAAAAAUGUUAAUCUAAUACAAUUCAGGACCAUUCACAUAAAACAUGAAAUAAAAAUCCAGUUCUCACAUUUCUCUAGGUAAACAUACAUGUACUCACCUAGUUGUGCUUGUGGGGGGAUUAUGUAUACCACACUCCAUGAAAUCAUGGCUCCUACAUUCACAGUAGGGGUCUGCAUUAGGUGCCAGGAUUGUAAUAACCUUUGUCAAGAUAUUCGUGUGUAAAUUAUUCAUAAUGAGGCAUUGUAAUUUUUAAUAGCAUCAUUAUAUCCCACCUUUAGUAAAGUACUUAUUCUGUUUGUUGGAUUAAUGUCAAUUUUAAGUUGUCUUCAUUAUGGAACUGAUUUAGUAAAUUUUUUGCAUCAUGCAUAUUUAGCUUACAUUUGAUCUACCGUUUGUUACUUAAAAUUUGUGUCCAAGUCUCAAAACAUUUAAACCAAAUUGAGGGUUGCUCACUGCUUUUGAGGAGUUUAGCAAUAAUAGAUAAAUACUAUCAACAAGAGGAGGACAAUUAAAUUUUAUACAUCAGGUGUGGGUGUGCAGUUCCACUGGCGAGUGUCCAAUACAGAUGUGCGGAGGUUGUAGUAUGAUUGGUGAAUGUGCAAUACAGAUGUAUGGAGGGUGUAUUACCACUGGAUAUUAUGAGGUGUAAAGUUGUUCAGGUGGAGUUUACAUGUGUGUGCUGUUCAGAUAUGUUAGGAGGUACUUUUCAUGGGGGUAUUAACCUGAGUGCAGUUACAAGUUUUGGUGUACCUUCGUUUAAAUUUAUUCCGUAUGUCUUUCACUUUGUUGACAAUGUUGUUGAUUCAUGUCACCAUUUUCUAUUUGAUUAUAUUACCUUUUCCUCGUGUCUAUAAGUUGACAUAUUUUGAAGCUUCUAGUUUUUCUCUCUCUUUUUUUUUUUUUUAAGUAACAUGUCUGGAUUUCUAUUUAUUUUGUGAGAUUGACAGUUAAACAGCUGCUUAAAUUUGUUUUUAGGUAUGCUAUGGAUUAUUUAUUUUUGCACAUAUCCUUGUAUUUGAAAGCAAUUCUGAAAGUGGCAGAUAAUCAUAGGUUCCUCUUGUGUUCUUUAUAUGAGGGUCUGGAGACUAUUUGCUGUCCAAGACUAAUCCUAAUUCCAUUUCCCUGCCAGAAUUCCUUAGUCUUCACAUUACAGUAUGUGUAGGCUGACUGUUAUCUUGUUUCACUUCAGGUAUUCACACUCCAAUAUGUGACAUUUCUUUACAUUGACAAUUUAUUAUGUGAUGCAUCA